AUGGACUCGGUUAGUACCUCGAGAGAGGCCCCCCUUACGAGUACCCCAAAUGGGGGUCCUCACGGGGCCAUUCCUCUCGAGGAGUUCGGGACUGGUCAGCUUAUAAGCAUGCGGCUCAUGGGUUUUAUGGCAUUUAAGUGCCAUGUGGAGAUUUACUUCUCCCCGUACACCAAUCUCAUUGCCUCAUGCAACGGUGUUGGAAAGAGUACGAUCGUUUCGGCUAUUCAGUUUGCUUUGGGGUGCCGCAUCAGCAGCGGGUCGCUAUCAGCAGCUGCAGGUGGAGGGACGCAGCACCACCAGCAGUCCCAGCAGCCAUUGCAGCGGUAUUUGACAUACGGGGGUAGCAAGGCUUCUGUGCGCCUCAACUUGAAAGGGACUGAGGAAAAUGAGGUGGUGUCCAUUCAGAGAGAUCUCGACAAGGUGGGACAGAGGCGAUUUGCAGUUUUCUCUCCGUGUGAGACAGGGGUGGGUAUCGUGGGAUGGAAAGGGCAGGCCUCCGCAGCAGCGCAGCAGAGUCUUUUAAAUGAGCAGUAUUUACUGUGCGCAUCUUUGCAUCUUGCAGACAGAGACUGGCAUCAAGAGCACUUACCUCAUCAACGGAGCAGAAUCUCGGCUCAGCGAUGUUCAGAGAGAGCGCGAGCGACUGUCCAUACGGGCAGACAACUACCUGUGCUUCAUGCAACAAGAAAAGGUGUCUAUCUUUGGGUCUUUGACUCCCAAGGAACUGCUGCUCAGCACCUUGCAGGUAGCCGUUUGCGCGCUGCAGGCGAUGCUGCUGAUUUGGCGAAAGGGCAUUUGCAGGAGGCAAGUGCUGCCUUAAAGCCUCGAGUGCAGGAACUGCAAUCCAAGAAGGAGGGGCUGCAGAAAAAAAAAGAGGCCUUGCAGCACAAAGCCCAAGCACUCAAGGCGCAGGUAGCCGACACAACACAGUGCUCGACAUCAGCACGGGAAGCACUCGAAGCCAUCGACGCGAAGAUGCAGGCUGACGAGGAAGCUGCAGAGCAACUGGACACCUACCCUGCUCAGCUGCAGACUCUCAUGCGGCGCCUCCAGCUGCAACGCGAGAAGGCACUGGACCCUCACGCCCAGCGCCUCAUGCUGGAGGAAACGCUGCAGCAGCUCCUGAAAACGAGAGAAGAGAAGCAGCAGCGACUGCCACGACAAAGGGAGACUCCUGUGGCGUCUGAAAUGCCGCUGCCCUCUAACCCGGAAGAGACAAAGCGCCUGCUUCAUCAGCAGAACCAGAAAGUAGGGGAGCUAAGGCAGCAACUCUGCAACGCCUCACGGCAGCUGCGAAGCACAAGGGGGGCCCUGCAGGAGGCAGCCGACAAGCUGGCCUUAAUGCAGCGGCUGCAGCAGCAGCGACAGCAGCAGAUGAAGCAUCAAGAGCAGCAACAGCAGCUGCACGUUCUGCAGAUGCUCACGACCAUCGAAGUUGGCUUUGAUGUGGGAUCCGUUCGGAGGGGCACAGAACUCCUUCGCACAACCCGCUUCAGGGCAAGCGUUGAAGGGCCCCUCGGCGUUAUCGUCUCUGUGACAGACAGCCGCGCUCAUUUGAUAGCUGAUCACUUCUUGCGGUCCAAAUUGCUAAGCUUCUUAUGCCUGGACGCUGAGGAAGACUUUUUGAUAGUAUCGCGAGCCAACUUGCGCUGCUUCGCGCUCAACCCCAGCGCCAGCGUUGGCAGGAGGCCUCGGCUCACUCCGGCUCUGAGAGCUGCAGGGGUAGAGGGGUUCUUGAUGGACUUCCUUUCUGUGCCUGCCCCGUUUGCAGCUACAUUUCAAGAGUACACCAUGGCGCACCUCUGCCUCAUCUGCCGGCCGGAUCUCAGCCCUCAGCAGGAAGAACGCAUGCAGCAAGUUGCGAAGCAAGAGCUGAGGCAGCAGGGUUGCCCUUCGCAAGAGAUUGUUUACUAUCUGGGAACUCAGGCCCACCGGCUGAAGCAGAGUGCCUAUGACGUGCGGGGUUUCGUACACUCUGUAACAAACAUUCCACGGAGGCCUCCGAUCUUGCAGCUGCAGCAGCAGGAACCGCAAGGGCGGGAAAACGAAGAGCAGCAGCAGCUACAGCAACAGCAAGAAAAGAUCCAGAAGCUGCACCUCGAAGAGCAGCGCCUUCAGACUGAACAGAGGGAGUUGGAAGCCAGGGAGAGCGCAGAGAAAGAAAGGCGCGACUUGCUGAGGGAAUUUUGGAAUUCUCAGCAAGCGGAGGCGGAGGAGGAGACUCGGCUGCGGCAGCGCAUUGCAGCGGCAGCAGCAGAAGCAGAAGCAGAAGAUCAGCGCUAUCGUCGUCUUGCAGCAGAAGCGGCGGCCUUUCCGACCAUCCGCCAAACACUGACGGAGUCCAAGAAGAAACGCCUGCGUCUGAUUGCAGAGCAGCUACAGCUGCUGGCAGGUGCAGCGCAGCAGCUCGUGGAUGCUCGCAAGCUGCUCCUAGCCUUCAAAACAAAAGCCGAGGAGCAGAGGAAGGCGGCCACGGCGCUCAAGGAAGAGGAAGAACAAAUUCAACAGUUGGAGAGCCAGCUAGAGGACGAGCAGAAGAAGCUUUCAGAGCUGCGAGAAGCGACAGCACAGCAGCGCGAUGUCUACGGCGAGGCAAAGAAGGCCGUCGAGAGCUGGAAAAGGGAAGCCGCCAGUGUCUACAGGGAGCUGCUGCAAGUGCUGCCCUCCGCGGGUGCUGUUGCCAGUGCUCCUGGCACUGCAGAAGAAGAAGCAACAGUACAAGCCCUGCUGGCCGCUGACACUGGCAGCGGUAGUAGCAGCAGCAUCGACGCGGGGUGCAGCGGAGAUUUGGCUCGUGGAUUGCGUCUGCCGCCCCUCCCUCCCCUGCCAGAUAGCCUUGCAGCCUUAGAAGCAGAGGAGGAGCGCCUAAAGCUGCGCAUCUCCCGUGGAAGCCGUGUCAGCAUUUCUGCUGCCACAGAGUUGUCCAAGACCGCUGCUGAAAUCUGGCUGCCGAAAGUCGAACGCGUGGUCUCUGUGCUCUGCGACAGAUUUAAGUCUCUAAUGCGCGCCGUUAGCCCCAAAGCCGACGGCCGCAUUGCCCUCUUAGACACAACUCCUCAGGGGGUUGUUACAGCGAAUAAGGCUGCACCCGCAGCAGCUGCUGGCGCUACUGCUGCACCGAAAGAGGCAAGGGCGCCAGAGGCACUGCAGCUUGACCCGCUGCCUGAUUUCGGCAGCAUGAGGCUACUGCUGCAGAUCAGCUUUGGCAAGACAGUUCCUCUCCGCCAGCUUUCCAACACGAACUCUGGAGGGGAGCGCAGCCUUGUUGCUGUCCUGUACUUGCUAGCUGUCCAGGCCUUUGCCCAGGGCUCCUUCCGAGUGCUGGAUGAAAUAAAUCAAGGCUUAGACUCAGAAAGAGAAGCUCUUCUCUUUCGCCUGCUUUCAGAUGUUGCUCACGGCAGGCAUGCGACCUCAGCACCAGGGCUCUGCAGGGGGGCAGCUGGUCUCGCCAGUGCGGCUGGAGCAAGCGGCAGCAGCAGCAGGAAGAGACGCUGCACAUCCCAAGACAGAGGGGACACCAAGCGUGCCCGUGCUGAGAAUCGAGCCGCCCUAAAAGGGGCGGAGCACGAGCCUGAGAGCGAGAACGACAGUCCUCAUCAAGAACAGCAGCUGGAACAUACUGAACACGAGGGAGGCGUGCAAUACAUCUUGCUAACGCCCCAUGUCAUUCCUAAAGUGAACUUGUCUUCAAUCGCUCUACAAUUCAUCUUCAAUGGCCCCGGUCGAUUCGCGCAGGAACAAUUCGAUCUUCAAGAUCAAAUCGGGCGCCUCAAAGCGAGGCGCGGCAAAGUUGUAUUGUAA